GUCGACACAGUUAUUGUAGAAGAUGGUGGCAACGUGACAUCGGAAAAGCAAAGAUCCACUACAGAAUUGGAGUCAUCAUCUCAAGAGAAUACGUUUUCAAGUGAUACAAGUGAAUACCCCAUAAUAGGUGAAAUGAUUGACAAAACCGAAUUGCGAAUCGUAGUAAUUGGUAAAACUGGAACAGGCAAAAGCGCUACUGGAAAUACAAUAUUGGGCACACGUAAAUUCAAAUCUACACUAAGCGGUUCUUCCAUAACAACCGAAUGCCAACUGGAAAUGAACACCAGGUUCGAACGCAAAAUUGCGAUUGUUGACACUCCAGGACUAUAUGAUACAGGAAUGACAAAUGAGCAGGUUACAUUUUGUACAAAGGAGAUUGUAAAAUGCAUAGCAAUGUCUGCACCAGGACCACAUGCUAUCUUGCUAACGGUCAACGUUGGCCGAUUUACACAGGAAGAACACGAUACUGUUAAACAUUUUGCAAAUCAUUUUGGAGAGUGCAUUUACGAUCACCUAUUUGUUGUUUUCACAAGAGCAGAUGAGCUUGAAUUUAAUGAUCAAGACAUCAAAGAGUAUAUCCGAAAUUGUCCUAAGUCCCUUAAAGAAAUUCUCGAACUUUGUCACAACAGGUAUAUCCCUUUUAAUAAUACUCUUUCCGAUUCACGCCAAGAACUGCAAGUGAAAGAUUUGAUAGAAAAAAUUGAUGAGAUGGUGCAAAACAAUAAUGGUUUUUGCUACACAAAUGAAAUGUAUGAAGAAGCCAAAAAUACAUUGCAAAGACGUGAAGAUGAAGUUAAGCUAAAGUUGAAAGAUGAGGAACAAAGAAAAGUACAACAUCUACAAGCUGAAUUUGAUAAAAAAGAUUACAAUGGUGAAUGGGGAAAUGGAAAAGCUUUCCAAUGAAAUAAAACAAAUCGAGUCUGAAAAGCAAACAGUAGAGUCUCGCGAAGCACAGACAAGAGACCAGAUUAUUGUGUUACAAACUGAACUAAAAAAUUGUAAGGAAACUGAAAUAAAACGAAAUAAAGAACAAGAAGAAAAACUAGAAAGACAAAUACAUGAUUUGGAAAGAAAACAAGCAGAACAACUACAAGUACAAAUUAAAAGAGAUAACGAGAGUAGAGAAGCACAACGAAAGGAACAAAGAGAAAGCGAGCGACGAUUUACACAACAGAUACAGGAUAUGAAUAAGCAGCACGCACGGCAAUUAAGGAAUCGCGAAGCGAGCCAUCAAAGACAACUGGAAACAUUUUCUACGCCAAUAAUUUACACUGGAGGAGGAGAAGGAGGAGGUGACAGGUGCUCUAUUCUCUAAGAAGAAAAUAAAACUGUUUUCUUUAUGGUUUAUUACAGAUGAGAUUUUGUUGACGCUCGAUAUAAAAAUAAUGAAUAUUUAUAUGAAACUAAAUGCCGUUCUAAAA